UUCUCCCAUUCUCCCUGUACGGACAUCUACAAGGCACAAGCUACCCUGCGAAGUAGAACGAUAGAAACACGCAGCUUUGACGGGUACACGGGUAUGCCAACAAGGCCCACACAGCACCCACACGCUGUCUUCUUCCCAAACGCGGCGCGAUAACAGCCCACGGCCACCGCUGCACGGCUCAAGGCUGGGCCAUAUGCAGAAGGCAAGUUUGGCCCAGUGAGUUCCUGAUGGAGGGGCAGCCUCAGGGCUUUUGGUUAGGACGCCAUGUUUCCCUGUGUCUCCUCCUGGCCCGCUUCUGAUUCGCCGGCCACUGCCGGCGGCGCCAGUGGCAACCAUGCCCCGUCUCCCCUGGCGUCCCCGACUGCCCCUCACGCGCCGCUCGCGUCUGCCCAGCAGCAGCCCCCUCCUCCUCAGCCUCUGCCCGACCUGCUGUGCAGCUGCUCAGUAGCGCCCCCUGCCCACCACCCGCCGCCGGUGCACAUGGAGUCGCUCAUCGUGGUGACCGAGUACGAGCCCAGCGGGCCGUCCGAGGACAGGAUGGGCGGCGACGACGAGGACGAACCGGAGGACAUGGACAGCUCGGAGACGCCCGACCUGCCGGGGUCAGCGGCGGGGGGGUCCGUGCCGCCGUUCCGGAUGGCCUCGUGCGACCUCUUGUCGCACGCGGUGGGCCGUCCCGAGGCGCUCUUCCCCGAGCCGCAGGAGACGCGCGGGCGCCUGCACCUGUCGGACAGGAAGCUGUCGCUGCAGGAGCGCUCGCAGACGCUGUCCUCGCCGUGCGGCUCGCCCGGCAUCAACGGCCGCUACAUCUACCCGUCGCUGCCCUACUCGCCCAUCACCUCGCCGCAUUCGUCCCCGCGCCUGCCCCGCCGCCCCACCGUCGAGUCCCACCGGGUGUCCAUCACUGACCUGCAGGACUGUGUUCAGCUCAACCAGUACAAGCUGAAGGACGAGAUCGGAAAGGGCUCCUACGGAGUUGUCAAGCUGGCGUAUAAUGAAGACGACAACACCUACUACGCGAUGAAAGUCCUAUCCAAAAAGCGGCUGAUGAGACAGGCUGGUUUCCCACGUCGUCCGCCCCCACGUGGUGCCAAAGGGGCCCCCGAGGGUCCUCCGCAGCCCAAAGGACCCCUGGAGAGGGUCUACCAGGAGAUCGCCAUCUUAAAAAAGCUGGACCACCCCAACGUGGUCAAACUGGUGGAGGUCUUGGAUGACCCUGGUGAAGAUCAUCUGUACAUGGUGUUUGAACUGGUUAAACAAGGUGCAGUGAUGGAGGUGCCCACAGAUAAGCCCUUGAAUGAGGACCAAGCGCGAUUCUACUUCCAGGACCUGCUGAGGGGGAUUGAGUAUUUGCAUUACCAAAAGAUCAUCCAUCGCGACGUCAAACCCUCCAACCUGCUGGUGGGUGAAGGUGGCCACAUAAAGAUCGCGGACUUCGGCGUGAGCAAUCAGUUUGAGGGCACCGAUGCGCUGCUGACCAGCACAGUGGGAACGCCGGCUUUCCUUGCUCCCGAGACGCUGUCCGAGACCCGCAAGAACUUCUCCGGAAAGGCUUUGGAUGUGUGGGCAAUGGGGGUCACCCUGUACUGCUUUGUCUUUGGAGUGUGUCCCUUCAUGGACGAGCGAAUCCUCAGCCUCCAUCAGAAGAUCAAAACCCAGCCUGUGGAAUUGCCCGAGCAUGCAGACGUGUCGGAUGAUCUGAAGGAUCUGCUCCUUAAGAUGCUGGACAAGAAUCCUGAGACCAGAAUAACAGUGCCACAAAUGAAGGUGCACCCGUGGGUGACGCGGCACGGUGCCGAGCCCCUCCCUCCGGAGGAUGACAACUGUUGCUCCCUUAUCGAGGUGACGGAGGAGGAAGUAGAGAACUCUGUCAAGCACAUCCCCAGCCUGGCCACCGUGAUCCUGGUGAGGACCAUGCUACGCAAGCGGUCGUUUGGCCACCCGUUUGACUGGAGCCGCCGAGAGGAGAGAAGCUUGUCCACACCUGGGCCCAUGCUGACAAAAGGCAGAGCAGGCAGUCUGAAAUACUGCUACAUUCAUGGUCACUCCAGGAAACAAGAGAGCGGGGAGGGCAUGCGAAGCAUGGAGCUGCCCUUCGUGGGCGAGGACGAAGUGCUGUCCUGAUCGGCGGGGCUCUCUCGGCCAGCGUGCCGGCUUGGGUCUGACAGAGACGCCCUGGCGAGGAGUAAAACGAAAAAACAGGGGUGGGACGUGGAAGUGCCGCCAUGUUGCAGUUUGGCAGGAGAUGGGAAGAGAGAUGGUGAAGAGCAGCAGUGGGACACACACGUACACACACACACACACACACACACACACACAACACGCAACACACACGGUAAUGGAGCGUUACUAAUGUAAUUACACAUUGAGGGUGUUUAUGUGGGUGUACAGUAUGUGUGUGUGAGGGGAGGAGGGGGGGUGUUGGAUGUAGGAUUGAUUUUUUAAGAGAGAGACCCCCCCCCUCCACUCAUUCCUACACUCACUCCCCUCUGUCUCUGCAGUUCAUGUUGCCACUGCCACAUCAUGCAUGUGUGUACAGACCUGCAGUAGCAUGCAGCCUCCGACACCAGGCCUCUGCUCUCAGGGCCUGCCAGUGACAUCAAGGGUUUUUUUCCUUCUCUUCUCUUCUUGGUCUUGCUCCUUCCUUCCUUCUUUCCGCACCUUCACAUUGCACUUUUUUUUUGGUUUUCUUCUGAUGCAGCACAGCGGUGAAAUUCAUCCCGGUGCUGAAGCGUUAAGGGUAGCUGGCCGUGAUCCUCCCGAACUAGGGCUAGUGUCGUCUUUUUUCUUCCUUUACAAUUAUCCAAAAAGGGAAAAAUAUGUCACUUGUGUACGUGAUGUAAAAAGAAAUGUGCUAAUCCAAAUUUCUAACUUGUACUUCCUUACAAGGUUUGUUGAAGUAUCCAAUUUGAAAAUGAAUGGCAUUGAUUUAACACAGAAGUGUGUUGUUGGUGCCCAAAUGUUAAGACAUGGUGAGCAAUAGAUUUGCCAGAAACUAAUUGUCUUUUUUUAAAACAAAGAAAAUGUACAGUUUGCUUUUUUUGAAGGAGAGAAAAUUCAGGUAAUCAUGAUAGUAUAGUACUGUGUUGUGAGGAGAUUUUCAAUGGCAUUUUUGUGAAGCAUUUUUACGAUACUGAAGCCCCAAACCAAAAUAGUUAACAUCGUGUAUGCACAUUCACAAGACUGGCAUUGGCUCAUCUCAGACUGCCAACACGGUUCAAAAGGUUGAGCAUUAACAUUGGCCGUCAACAUGCAGUUGUUUUAGGUUAGUCAUGACCACCACAGAUUUGCAUACUUCUGUGUGUAAAGCUCACUAAAGAGUAUAUUUUUGUACAUUUCCAAGUGCAUCAGUGUGAGAUCUAGCAAAAAUUUCGUAUUUGUUUUACCUAGUUUGCAGAUCUUAAGGGAAUUCCAAUACAUUUUUGCAAUCUAUGCAUGGCGUCAUGUAAUGAAUUAUUAAAGGUUUGACUGAUAACAAAUUAUAUGCCUUACAUUUCAUAUUUACACCCUUUAUCGUAGGUCAUCACUACAGUAUCUUAGGUAAUGCAGAAGUGUAGAUGGAUAGAUUGAGGAAGUAGGCACACACUGUAGUGUGCUUGCUUAGUAGUUUCAGAUAUUGCCUGCUUUAGAGUAAGGAAUGAAGUCCAAGCACAUGUAGUGUUGACUAAAAAAACCUGAUCAACCCAAAGCCUACUGAGAUACCAUAUAGUAUGUUCAGUGUGCCAUACAGAUAUGGGCAAGUUUGCUUGGUUUCUUUAACUCCCUUGCUCCCUUGCUUAGUGUAGGAGUAGUUUUAGGAACUCCGUAGUGUAGAUACAGUACAAUCACUUGAUUUAGAGAAGAUCUUAAAGGCAUAUAGAACACUCACUUUUGAUGCUUCCACAUACUGUAAGUUCUUUCAGCACUUUAUGUGUUGAAUGUAUAUAAUGAAAGGGGAUUGGAGUCUGCUAGGCAGUGACACAGACUUCAACCGUUUGUUUUUUUAUAUUGUAACUCCUGCUCCCCGGACACACACACACACACACACACACCUUUUUCUCCUGUUGCAUGCUACAUCACUGUAUUGGAAAUAUCUCUCUGACUUGUACGUUGUGUGUUUUUUAAGACUUAUUACUAUGCAUAAGACAUUUCACUCUGUGGUGCAAUUUUGGAUUUUGACAGUCUGUUGUGUUUUCUUUUUGUAUUAUGUUUUUUUUUUUUGUCUUUUUUUGUUGUUGACACUGUUGGACUUAAAGCUGUGUUUCUGGAAGCUGGUUACCAUGGAUAUGUAAGAUACGCAGGUGCAUUAUCUAACAGUAAAUGUACACAAACUAUCAGGGGGGAAUUCAUUUGGAACGUCUCUGAUGGUGUCAUUCCUAAAAAUAAAGAAUGACGUUCUAAAACUUUGGUAACUUUACCUUUUGACAUUACAUUCACAUCAGUUUUAAAAAACUACCUCAGUCAAAUAGGCCUGCAAGAUUAAAUUCAGCCGAUUACAUUAUGGCAUCAGUUAAAGAAGGCAUGACAACCCUACAACCAUUUCAAAUGGUACGAGUAAAUACAUUAUGAAGGAUAACAUUUCAAUUCAAUGACCAAAAUUAUCGAUCUGUAUUGUUAGUUAUUAAUAUUCAUUAUAUGCACAAUGGAGUUUUUACAAACACUUGCAAGAGUGAUUUGAGAUUGACAAGGUUUGGAACCGACAGAAUGCUGUAAAAUAAAUGUAUUUAUGACAUUUUUAAAUUCAAUCUUAUUUGUUCAUGGUUUCUGCCCAGUUUCACCCAAAGGGCUAUGAAAAUGUUGCCGUUUUAUAUCACUUAGCCUAACAUGUUUUAGUCAUUGUAGUGAGAACAGUUUACAGCUAAAUGACCACUUAAUUGCAUGCCAUCUCAAACAUUACAUUUGAAUUUCUAGCAUGAUUAAGCUCUUCAUCAGAUCUGCAAUGAUCUCAAGGUUAAUCACUUCAGAUAUAUUAUAUCCUGUUUAAUAUUUGAAUAAAUUAAAGUUGCCUUUCUCUUG